UGUGUAGUUAAAAGAGUCAUGUUUCAUAUAUAUUUAGUAUAUUUUUAUGUGUAAUCUGCUUCUCAAUGACAUGUAAUUGGAAUAAAGUUGAAACAGCAGGUUAUCAUGUAAUGUAAAGGUAAAAAAAAAAAAAAAGUAAACUUUCAUCCAAAUUUAGCCCAAUUUGAUCCCAAACACCUGCCAACUACAUGUCGCCUAUAACGUGCGAAUCAAUAAACCCAUGCUGACAGAGCAGGGUCACGUGACAAUAUACAAUAGCUUAUUCUAGAGAAAUAUAUAUGCUCUAUAUAUUCCUCAGAGAUUAUUUCCUGAAAGCAAUUGAUUUAUUGUGUGUCGUCCUGGUCAAACAGCUCACCGCCGCCUCUGUGACUGUUGACACAAAGCGAACAGCAGAGCUUCAGUAAGCAGAUUUGUGCGGAUGGAUUUAAGCUGUUGCCUUCUGAUUCAUCCACUCUUGUUACCUUACUCCCUAACGAGCAGUUUGAGAGGACUGCAGAGAGGGAAACGGAUCCACAUCUGGCAGUAAUAACAGUCCACUGAAUGUAAAGGAGGGGGGAAAAAAGUGAGAGGAGGGAUCCGCUGCGUUUUGGAGAACAGAGCGCACGGGGCUCAGCGCGGAUACCCACCGCUUCAGAUGUUCAUCCCCGCGGGAAAACUCACACCGACUUCACCUCUAUCGCUCCUACUUAUCAGAGCUGCUGGAUACGGCUCAUAGAUGAAAACUGCUCCGGAGAGAGCGGCUCUCCGUCGGACAAGGAGCCCGUCAGUCUGCGGCGCACGGCGCAACACCGGCGACCAUGUCGGACAACUUCACUGAUUUCACCAACGACACGCUGCCCUCGGCUGCGGUCACCCACUACAACUUCCCGGCGCUUAUAUUCGGGAUUUUACUGAUUGUGAUCAUCGCCGGUGGGAACGUGCUCGUGUGCCUUAGCGUGUACUUGGAGAAGGCUUUAAAAACGACAACAAACUACUUCAUAGUCAGUUUGGCGUUUGCGGAUUUGCUGCUGGCGGUGCUGGUUCUGCCGCUCUUCGUUUACGCAGAGUUCCAGGGUGGAGUUUGGUCCUUGAACAUGCUGAUGUGUGAUGGCUUGAUGACCAUGGAUGUGAUGCUGUGCACCGCAUCCAUAUUUAACCUCUGUGCCAUCAGUGUUGACAGGUUCAUUGCAGUGUCCAUACCUCUAAAUUACAACCGUAAGCAUGUGGACCAUCGUCAGCUCAUCCUGCUGUCGGCCACCUGGCUGCUGGCCCUGGCCGUAGCCUCACCUGUCAUCUUCGGUAUCAACAAUGUGCCUAAUCGCGACCCAAGCGAGUGCAAACUGGAAGACAAUAACUACGUGGUUUAUUCCUCCGUCUGCUCCUUCUUCAUCCCCUGCCCCAUCAUGGUCCUGCUCUACUUCGGGGUUUUCCGUGGGCUGCAGCGCUGGGAAGAGAAUCGCAGGGCCAAACUACGCAGCAGCAUCGAGGCCUGCAGGAAGCUGCAGCACGCGGCCGUCGCCACCGCCCUCCCCCCGCUGGCGGGCACCAUCCCCGGGCCGCUGCCAAUGCCGCUGCCCAGGAUCAUCGAGAGGGACUUGGCCCAGUCUCGGCUGGACGACACGGACGAGUACAUUCAGCAGGAGAUUCCUUAUCCUCGGCAGUACAGAGAGAACUCCGUGCCCACGCUGACCUUCAGCAACCAUCAGUUCAGGAAAAAGAGAGCCAAGAUCAACAGUAGGGAGAGGAAAGCUAUGAGGGUGCUACCUGUCGUAGUAGGUUGCUUCUUGUUCUGCUGGACUCCGUUCUUCGUUGUCCACACGACACGAGCCGUGUGCCUCACGUGCGACAUCCCUCCCAGUCUGAUGAGCACCGUCACCUGGCUGGGCUACGUUAACAGCGCUCUCAACCCCAUCAUCUACACCAUCUUCAACACCGAGUUCAAAAAAUUCUUCAAGAAAUGUUUCUGGAGAUGCUGCUGACACCAGAUUUUCCUCCCAAAGACUUUUGCUGACUGAGCGAACUAAAGGAAGAAAACCAGGAGAUCAUGAAGCUCUGUGAUGUCGCGUCGUCUAUGAAAGCAUCCUGUCACACAGGGACGUGUUCUGGUAGGAUUAACGGCGUGGUUGGGACAUCUGAGGCUUUCAUUUUAACAAAUCAGCUCGUCUCUGGGCUGCCAGCUGGAUGUGGAUGGUUGACAGUUACUGUCUGACAGGAAAAAAUACACCCUGAAACACUGUUAAAAAAAAACAGUUACAGUGAUAUAUAUUGCAUUUCUAGUCCAUUUUGUUGUUUGGUGAUGUACUUUUUUCAUUCCUGGAGAUUAAAGCCCAAACAAAAUGAUGAUUUUUCAGCAGAAAGCAAAGAUUAGGGCACGUAGCGUCUGAAAGGAGGUUUUCAUUGCUUUUAGUUUGUCUGAAUUCCCUCUUAUGGAGGAAAUAUCCGCCUUUGUGCGAGUAAUGGUCUGCCAGUUCCAGUGAAGGAUGUGGGAUUUGUGCAGAGCCUGAAAGGGAAGUGUGCCUGGAGGGAUAAACUCAGGGCAAAAAAAUGUCCCCAAGAAGCAGAAAGACCGAAUGAGCUUCAACAGACCAGAAUACCAAGCAGCUGAAAAUCCUCUGAAAUCAGCCACUGAUCUCCACUUCCUUAUACAAGGAUAAAGGAAUAGUGUGACAUCUUGGGAAACACAUGCAUUUGCUUUCCUGCCGAGAGUCAGAUGGGAAGAUUCGCACCACUCACAUGUCUGUAUGCUAAAUAUGAAGUUAGUCUAGCUUAGCAUAAAGACUGGAAACAGGAGGAAACAGCAAGCCUGGCUCUGUCCAAAGGCAACAAAAUCAGCCCACCAGAACCUCUAAAGAUCAAUAGUCAAAGUCAAAAUGAGUUUUUCAUAUAAACCUGUGUUCAGUUAUCUCUUGUAAUAGGCCAAAUAUGUGUCCAAAACCCAUUUUUUUGCAAGUUUUUAUAUCAAAAUCCCUGCCUUUUCUCUUCCUGUAAAAGCUUUUUUAUACAUAUCUUAUGUCAUUCAUAGUCGUAGUCACUAGAAGAGAAAUAUCAUAAGAGGAGGUGUGUGUUUUUGGAAAUCUGUGAGCAAAAACUGUUUUCAUUUCCAAAAGAAUGCAGCUGAGGUCUAAUUUAUUCAUUUCUCUCGUGUCCUCCUUCCUGAUCCAACAACAGAUGAGGUGUGACUGGAGGCCUCUACAGCUCCGUCUCUCUCUCUCUGCAGCUCUGCUGCUUUUAUGUUCAAUUAAAAUCUGAAGAAUUCAAUUUAAAUCUCUCUUGUAAUUGUACAUUGACCACAUUUUCCAUUUCACAGUACACUAAACUAAAGACACUCUAGCUUCCUUUUCACUGUGACUUAAUUUUUUUUUCUCAUUUGUUUAAGUCGUUUAAAACCCAAAGUGUAAAAACAACAGGGGGGGGGGGUUUAUGUGUUAGACUAUUUCUUGGCUGAGUGCACUUAACGUGAGUUUUGUCGUCACCGUGAAGUUGUCAGGAAACAGCAGGGACUCCAGUCAGCUAACAGCCCCUUUACACUGUCUGAGACGCGAGUUGACAAUCAUGAAAUAAUGUAGUGAAAUUUUUUGGUUGUCAAUCCAAAACGGUGUUCUAGCUCUCACUGUGAGACCAAAUCUGUCCGUCAGAAAUUUAGGACCAAAUUCUGACAUUGUAACUGCUGCUCCGACCCACAUCUACCAACCAACCAAUCAGAAAACCACAUGAAAUGACUGACAGUAAACUUGCCAGUGUGACAUUUUGUUAAGUGCAGUUUUUUUGAAUAAAGUUUACAGGGAAAAAACACUCAUAGUUUGUGUGACUUUGCUGCAUUUUCGAACAUCAGAGCUGCAGACGGACGACGAGCUGAUGACGUGUCUCUGCUUUCAUUUACUUUUUUCUGUUUCCAUUCAUAACGUUCAUCUCAACAAUCUGACAGCCUGAUGUCGUACAGUCUGACAAAGAUUUGGAUCAACAUUUUAUUAAAGCCGUCUCUCUCUCUCACACACACACUGUGAGAUGCAAUAAACUUACACCAUUGUUGUUGUCACACAGUCUUGAAGGCGCCUUGAUGAGCCGCCGGUUGUAGCUUCGUAUUGAACAGAAAGAUACGAGAGUGGUAUCCGUCUUUCCAUCUAACACUCAGCAAGAAAGCUAAUAAGCAUAUUUCCCAAGAUGCAGCACAACAGUGUUUGUGGCGCUGUUGAAAGGCGUAAAACAUGAAAGGCCUUCUGGGAAACGCUCGAAAUCACCAACUGAUCAAUGAGUUGAAGGAGAAGAGGCUGAUCGAAGGAAAGCGCAAACACCAGAAAAUAUCAAAACGCUUCAUAACAAAAUAUCUUCCUGAAAUGUCACAGAAGGAUGAUAUCUGUUAGUAUGUGUAGAGGAGCAGCAGCAGCAGGAGGAGUCGCUACCAAAAGGGACCUGAAAGAUCAGCAACAUCCAGUCACACUUCCUGUCGUGGAUCGCUGACCUCUACGAACUUGUGUGUGGAUUAAUAAAAAAGGUUUGCAAUGCUGAACAUGGCACAGUUGAAACCAGCUCACCGCGGCUGUUUAAAGUCAUUUAACAUGUCUAUAGAUAUAAAACGUACAUUCAUACAAUACUGAGUAGCAAUAUGCCUUAAAUUCAAAGGUUGUACCGUCUGUUGUGAUGAAUUCAAAGCACUCAAAACACUUCAAAACACUGAGGAAAUUCACAGCAGACCCGAAUUAAUGAGAACCCAGAGGUGAAUUUCCUGUUUCAUAUUUAAAAUUGUUACUAAAGUUGAGUUUAUAAUUACACUGAUCAACAUCCAAGGCUGAGGAGUCUCAGCUUUAUGAAUAUGACAACCAAAUAUGUUCCUCUCUCAGUUUUUUGUCCCAGUAAUAUGAUUUCUCUCCAGUGCUGAGAGGAGUUCACGUCUACAUCUAGGUUACAGUUAAAGUCUUUGUUUGUUUGUUUUUUUAACAGCUUCGGUCUGACAGUGAAACAUCUGUAACGAUCGUUCUCCUCUCUGCUGUUCUGGAGAGAAGAAAGUUUAUCUUCCUAAUUAUGUUUGUGCAGCAGCGUGUUGUUGUCACAAAGAAAUAUGUAUAUUUGCUCAGUUUCUCAUUAUAACAACAAAAUCAUUUUUCACAUCAUAAGAAGACAUCUUUCAUGUCAUAAUGACAUAUUUUACUUGCUCGUACUACAAACCAAAUUUUAA